AUGAUAUUUGUCCUUAGCAGACUGAAUUCCUUCCUUUCCAGACAGUAUAUGGUGCUGGUCCCCUCCAAGCUCCACACUGAGAUACCCCAGAAAAGCUGUCUCCAUCUCUACCAUCUGAAUGAGACGGUGACUGUAAGUGCUUUCUUGGAGUCCAGCUGGGGAAACAAGAACCUGUUUGAUAACCUCGUGGUUGACAAGGACUUGUUCAAAUGUAUUUCCUUCACUCUCCCCAGAUCCUCAUCUUCUGAAGAGGUGGUAUUCUUUUCUGUCCACAUAAAAGGACCAACACAUGAAUUCAGGAAGAAGACUGUAGUGCUGAUAAAGAACAAAGAAAGUGUGGUCUUUGUUCAGACAGACAAACCCAUGUACAAGCCAGGACAGUCAGUUAAGUUUCGAAUUGUCUCUGUGGAUAAAAGUUUGCGGCCACUGCAUGAGUUGUUUACUUCUGUUUACAUUGAGGACCCAAAAAUGAAUCGAAUUAUGCAAUGGCAGAAUAUUGAGUUAGAGAACGGUCUCAAGCAGCUGUCCUUCAGCCUAUCAUCAGAGCCCAUUCAGGGCUCCUACAAGAUAGUGACACUAAAACAAUCAGGAAAAAGGACAGAACACUCCUUCAUCGUGGAAGAAUUUGUGCUUCCCAAAUUUGAAGUGCAAGUAAAGGUCCCAAAGGUUGUUAAUCUACUGGAUGAAGAAGUCAAUGUGACAGUAUGUGGAAUAUACACCUAUGGGAAGCCUGUCCCAGGACGUGUAAAUAUACAUAUAUGCCAAAGAUAUAUGUAUUUUUAUUAUGGUUUUGGCAAAUACUUUGAGACCAACUGUAAGGAAGUCAACUACCAGGUGAACAGUAAAGGCUGCAUCACACAUAGACAAAACACCAGUGUGUUCCAACUAAUGCAAAUCCAUCAACAAACUAUAACAACUCUUCAAGUGAAUGCCAAGAUUACUGAGGAGGGAACAGGCUUGGAAUUCACUGGAAAUGGGAAAAUUGAAAUCACAAGGAUCUUAACCAAACUUGAAUUUGUGAAAGUGGACUCACACUUUAGAAGAGGGAUUCCAAUCUUUGCAAAGGUACGCCUCACAGAUGCAAAAGAAGUUCCUAUCCCACAUAAAGAGGUCUUGAUCAGUGUACCUGAAAUUAGGUAUUUCUCCAAUGCUACCACAGAUCAGCAUGGCCUGGCAGAAUUCUCCAUCAACACCACUAACACUAUGGAUUCUCUCCUCACUAUCAAAGUUGAACACAAUGGUCAGAGUUUCUGUGUGGAUUACUAUUGCAGGAUAGAAGAAAAUAUUUACGCAUAUCAUGUGGCUUAUCCUGUUUUCUCCUUUAGCAAGAGCUAUGUCCACCUUAAGCUUAUGGCUGAUAUCUUGCCCUGUGACCAAAUUCACAUAUUUCAGGCACAUUACACUCUGAAUGGACAUGUCUUGGGAGAGCAGAGGGAGCUCAUCUUCUACUACCUGGUCAUGGCAAAGGGCAGAAUCAUACAAAGUGGAACCCAUACUUUCCCCAUGGAGCCAAAAAAAUUGAAAGGCCAGUUUGCUCUGGAGGUCCCUAUCCAGCCAGACAUGUCUCCAGUUGCUCAAAUGUUCCUCUAUGCCAUUUUACCUGAUGGAGAAGUGAUUGCGGAUGUUGCAAAAUUUAAGAUUGAAAAUUGUCUUCUCAACAAAGUGGAUUUGAGCUUCAGCCCAGCACAAAGUCUUUCUGCCUCACACAUCCACCUGCAAGUCACAGCUUCUCCUCAGUCCCUCUGUGCCCUGCGAGCCGUGGACCAAAGUGUGCUACUCCUGAGGCCCGAGGCUGAGCUCUCCCCUUCCUGGGUACAUAAUCUUCCAGAUAUGAAAGACACUGGCUUCAUUCCAUACAUAAAUCAACUACCCAAAGACCAAGAAAAUUGUAUGAAAAAUGAUAACAUCCCUUUUGAUAAAAUACGCUACUCAGAACUACAUCAUGAAGAAAGGGACCCUUAUAGAUACAUGGAGGACAUGGGUUUAAAAGCAUUGAGUAAUUUGAAGAUAAAACAUCCUAAAUUAUGUCUUGACUACGCAUUACUCCCACGACCAGCUUUUUUUAUGACUUAUGAUGAGAAAAGUGAUACAAAAAUUUAUGAAGAGUCGCCCACUGAGACUGCACGAAAAUAUUUUCCUGAAACCUGGAUCUGGGACUUGGUAUUGGUGAACUCAUCAGGUGUGACUGAAGUGGGAGUAACUGUCCCUGACACCAUCACUGAGUGGAAGGCAGGGGCUUUCUGCCUGUCCAAUGACACUGGACUUGGUUUCUCUCCCACUGUCUCCUUCCAAGCCUUCCAGCCCUUCUUUGUGGAGCUCACAAUGCCCUACUCUGUGAUCCAUGGAGAGGCCUUCACCCUCAAGGCCACUGUGUCGAACUACCUUCCCGAAUGCAUCCGGGUGAGUGUGCAGCUGGAAGCCUCUUCUGAUUUUGUGGCCAUCCCAGUUGUGAAACACCAAGAUUCUUACUGCCUCUGUGCAAAUGGGCGGCAAACUGUGUCCUGGUUGGUAACACCCAAGUCACUAGGAAACGUGAAUGUCUCUGUGAGUGCAGAAACACAGCAGUCCUCAAAGCUUUGUGGUACUGUCUUGGCUACAGUUCCUGAAAUUGGAAAGAAAGACACCAUUGUCAAGCUCCUAAUAGUUGAGCCUGAAGGAAUUAAGGAAGAAUACACCUUCAACUCUUUACUCUGUGCUUCAGAUGCUGGAUUUUCUGAAAAAUUGCCCUUGAAGCUUCCACCAAAAGUAGUGAAAGAUUCAGCCAGAGCCUAUUUCUCUGUUUUGGGAGACAUAUUAGGUUCAGCCAUACAAAAUAUACAAAAUCUUCUCCAGAUGCCCUAUGGCUGUGGAGAACAGAACAUGGUCCUUUUUGCUCCUAACAUCUAUGUCCUGAAAUAUCUGAAUGAAACUCAACAGCUGACUCAGGAAGUCAAGUCCAAGGCCAUUGAGUAUCUCCUUGCUGGUUACCAGAGAGAGCUGAACUACAAACACCAAGAUGGCUCCUACAGUGCUUUUGGAGAUGAAGAUGGCCUUAAUCAAGGCAACACUUGGCUUACAGCCUUUGUGCUCAAGUCUUUUGCCCAAGCUCGAGCCUUCAUCUUCAUCGAUGAAACACACAUUGCACAAGCACUCAACUGGCUAUCUGAGAAGCAAAAGGACAAUGGCUGUUUCACAAGUUCUGGAUCACUGUUCAACAAUGCCAUGAAGGGAGGAGUAGAAGAUGAAGUGACCCUCUCUGCCUAUGUUGCCAUUGCCCUUCUGGAGAUUCCACUCCCUGUCACUCAUCCUGUUGUGCACAAAGCCCUAAUCUGCCUGGAGUCAGCCUGGGAGACAAUACAGAAUGGAGACCAUGGCAGCCAUGCCUACACCAAGGCCCUGUUGGCCUAUGUGUUUGCCCUGGCAGGGAACAAAGACAAAAAGAAUGAAAUACUGAAAUCACUUGAUAAGGAAGCUGUGAAAGAAGACAACUCAGUCCAUUGGGAAAGGCCUCAGAAACCCAGUACACCAGUGGGUCUCUUGUACCAACCUCCAGCUCGCUCUGCUGAGGUAGAGAUGACAGCCUAUGUGCUCCUCUCUCACCUCACCGCCCAACCAGCUCCAACCCCAGAAGACCUGACAUCUGCAGCACACAUUGUGAAGUGGAUCACAAAGCAACAGAAUUCCCAUGGCGGUUUCUCCUCCACACAGGACACCGUGGUAGCUCUUCAUGCUUUGUCCAGAUACGGAGCAGCUACUUUUGCCAAAUCUGGGAAAGCUUCUUUGGUGACCAUCCAGUCUUCAGGGACAUUUUCCACAAAAUUCCAAGUGGACAACAGUAAUCGCCUUUUACUACAGCAGGUCACAUUACCAGACCUUCCUGGGGACUAUGACAUAAAUGUGUCAGGGGAAGGAUGUAUGUAUACCCAGACAGCUCUGAAAUACAAUGUCCUCUUGGAGAAGAAACAAUCUGCAUUCACUCUGCAAGUACAGACAGUACCUCAAACUUGUGAUGGACUCAAAGCCCACAAAAGCUUCCAGAUCUCACUAGAAGUCAGUUACACAGGGAGCCGUCCAGUCUCCAACAUGGUGAUUGUGGAUGUAAAGAUGGUAUCUGGUUUCAUUCCGCUGAAAACAACAGUGAAACUGCUUACAAGAUCAAGCCACAUGAGCCGGACAGAAGUGAGCAGCAAUAAUGUCUUGAUUUAUCUGGACCAGGUUACCAGUCAGACACUGAGUUUUUCCUUCACCGUUCAGCAAGACAUCCCUGUACGAAACCUAAAACCUGCUCUUGUGAAAGUCUAUGACUACUAUGAAACAGAUGAAGCAGCUUUUGCUGAAUAUAGUGCUCCCUGCAGCACAGGUAACCAAAACUUGUACUCCCUAUCCCACGUCUUCUUUUCACUGUCAAAACCAGAGUGA